UAUUGAGUAUCCGUACGCGGUACUACGUGAUCCGUACAGUGGGUAUCGAUGACAAGCAAUUCUUGUAAUAUUACAAAGAAGUGUCAAGUUCUAAACUUUCUUUCUUGCUUAUUUUUAUAAGUAAAUGGCCAUAUAAGAACAAUUAUAAUUAGUAAUUGAUUAUAAAUAGUGAGUGCAACAAUGACGCUCACAAAUAAGAUGGAAAUAGAUGAGAAACUUAUUAAGGGAGAAGGUUUUAAACCGUAUUACAUUACUAAAAUUGAAGAACUUCAAUUAAUCGUAGCUGAAAAAAGUCAAAAUUUAAGGAGGUUACAAGCACAACGUAACGAGCUCAAUGCCAAAGUACGUAUGUUACGCGAAGAAUUGCAGCUUCUCCAAGAACAAGGAUCAUAUGUUGGAGAAGUUGUUAAACCAAUGGACAAGAAGAAAGUUUUGGUUAAAGUACAUCCUGAAGGGAAAUUUGUAGUAGAUAUAGAUAAGAAUAUUGAUAUUAAUGAUGUAACUCCAAAUUCAAGAGUUGCGUUACGCAAUGAAAGUUACACAUUGCAUAAAAUUUUACCAAACAAAGUUGACCCACUUGUUUCUCUUAUGAUGGUGGAAAAAGUACCAGACUCUACAUAUGAGAUGGUAGGAGGUUUAGAUAAACAAAUUAAAGAAAUCAAAGAAGUUAUUGAAUUGCCUGUUAAACAUCCUGAAUUAUUUGAUGCUCUUGGGAUUGCUCAACCUAAAGGUGUACUCUUGUAUGGACCACCAGGUACAGGCAAAACAUUAUUAGCAAGAGCAGUUGCCCAUCAUACUGAAUGUACGUUUAUUCGUGUAUCUGGUUCUGAAUUGGUACAAAAGUUUAUUGGUGAAGGUUCACGAAUGGUUCGUGAAUUGUUCGUAAUGGCAAGAGAACAUGCGCCAUCUAUAAUAUUCAUGGAUGAAAUAGAUUCAAUUGGAAGUUCUCGUAUUGAAUCUGGUUCUGGAGGAGAUAGUGAAGUUCAACGAACCAUGCUUGAAUUACUCAAUCAAUUAGAUGGUUUUGAAGCAACAAAAAAUAUAAAAGUCAUUAUGGCUACAAACAGAAUUGAUAUAUUGGAUCCAGCGUUAUUAAGACCGGGACGUAUAGAUCGUAAAAUUGAAUUUCCACCUCCAAAUGAAGAAGCGCGACUUGAUAUUUUAAAAAUUCAUUCGAGAAAAAUGAAUUUAACACGUGGUAUAAAUUUAAGGAAAAUUGCCGAACUCAUGCCUGGUGCGUCAGGUGCAGAAGUGAAGGGUGUAUGCACAGAAGCUGGUAUGUAUGCUCUCAGAGAACGUCGUGUUCAUGUUACUCAAGAAGAUUUUGAAAUGGCUGUAGCAAAAGUUAUGCAGAAAGAUUCAGAAAAAAAUAUGUCCAUCAAGAAAUUAUGGAAGUAAUUAGUUUUAUCCUGCAAUUCAUUCUUUCUAUACCAUUUCACACUUUUUGUAAAACCAUCUGUAAAUUCUAUAUAACUUUGAUUAAAAUGUAUACAAAACAAAGAUUAUAGUUGUAAAAAAAAAUACAUUAAAAAGAGUUAUUAAUAUGGAAGAAAAUUCAGUAUAUCAUAGUGCAUCAUUGUAAUUAAAUGAAAUUACUAAAUAUAUUAUAUUAAUAUUA